CGUCGUUUGAGCCCGCAUACCGAUGAGCAGCUGCUCGUUCCACUGCUCGUUGCAGGAUAUACAUCAUGGCCAGUAUGCUGCUCUCACUUCGUCCCUCAUUUCAACUCUUGUCGCCUUCUCCGAAAAUGCCUGGUCAACAGAUCUUCGAGCCCAAUCCUCCACCAGACUCUUCACAGCUGCCCGACUCGCUGCUCGACUACCGGGUCAAGCUGAAGGUCAAGGGGUCGCUCUCGAGAGAUGAGCUCGAGGCGAUCUCAUAUUUCAGACGGGCUGCCGACUACAUCGCAGCUGCUAUGAUCUUCUUGAAGACCGGCGUCCUAGAACAGCGCGACCUCACGCCGGACGACAUCAAGCAACGGCUGCUCGGACACUGGGGGACGUGCCCCGGUCUCGUCCUCGUCUACGCGCAUAUCAACCUCCUCGUUCGCAAAACCGACAUAGACGUGCUCUACGUCGUCGGGCCAGGGCACGGCGCACCGGGCAUACUGUCCUGCCUAUGGUUGGAAAACUCGCUAAGCCACUUCUGGCCCCGUAAUAUGCGUGACCGUACUGGCUUGAAGAAUCUCGUAUCCGGUUUCAGUGUACCAGGCGGAUUCCCAAGCCAUGUCAACGCAGAGACGCCAGGUUCUAUCCACGAAGGCGGCGAGCUGGGAUACGCGCUCAGUGUUGCGUUUGGCGCAGUCAUGGACAAGCCCGAUCUGGUCUGUGUAUGUGUCGUUGGAGACGGCGAGGCUGAGACCGGGCCUACUGCGACCGCGUGGCACGGAUAUAAGUACCUCGACCCCGCAGAGUCCGGCGCUGUCUUGCCGAUCGUGCACGUCAAUGGGUUCAAGAUCUCCGAACGCACGAUCUACGGCACGAUGGAUGACAAGGAGCUCGUCGCGCUGUUUACUGGCUACGGGUACCAGGUGCGCUUCGUCGAAGAUCUGGGAAAUAUCGACGAGGACAUGGCGGCGUCGAUGGAGUGGGCACUCGGCGAGAUUCACGCUAUACAACGGGCGGCGAGGAGUGGACAGCCACAAGUGAAGCCGCGAUGGCCAGUUCUGCUUAUGCGUACCCCGAAGGGUUGGGGUGGACCGAAAAAACUCGGUGACGAGAUCAUCGAGGGAUCAUUUCAUGCCCACCAAGUCCCACUUCCUGGCGCAAAGAAGGACCCAGAACAACUCAAGCUGCUACAGGAAUGGUUGAGAUCGUACAAGCCCGAAGAACUCUUUGACGAGAAUGGCGUACCGAAUGAGAAGAUUCUGUCGAUCAUCCCAGAGAAAGAUGAUAAGAAGGUCGGCAUGAGAAAGGAGGUCUACGCGGGUUACAUGCCUCUUCAUGUACCGGACUGGGCGCCGAAGAGCGUGGAGAGGGGUAGCCAGGAGAGCUGUAUGAAGGUCGUGGGCGAGUUGCUACUUGACGUCAUGGAUAAAAACCCCCACACGUUCCGGAUCUUCUCCCCGGAUGAACUAGAGUCGAACAAGCUGAGCGCGACGCUCCGCCACAGCGGCCGGAAUAUGCAGUGGGACGUGGCCAGUCGCGCCAACGGCGGACGCGUCAUCGAGAUUCUCUCAGAGCACACCUGCCAGGGCAUGAUGCAGGGCUACACGCUCACCGGGCGGACGGCGCUCUUCCCGAGCUACGAGGCGUUCCUCGGCAUCGUGCACACCAUGAUGGUGCAGUACAGCAAGUUCGUGAAGAUGGCGCAGGAGACCAACUGGCGCCAGCCGAUCGGCUCGCUGAACUACCUCGAGACGAGCACCUGGGCGCGUCAGGAGCACAACGGCUUCUCGCACCAGAACCCGUCGUUCAUCGGCGCGGUGUUGGACUUGAAGCCGAGUAUCGCGAGGGUUUACCUCCCUCCGGACGCGAACUGUUUCUUGUCGACGGUGGCGCAUUGCUUGAGGGCGAAGAACUACAUCAACCUCAUGGUCGGAAGCAAGCAGCCGACACCCGUCUGGCUGAGCGCAGAAGAGGCGGACGAGCAUUGUAUUGCUGGCGCGUCAAUCUGGAAGUUCGCCAGCGUGGACGACGGCGUUGACCCAGACGUCGUACUCGUUGGCAUCGGCGUAGAGGUGACCUUCGAGGUUAUCGCCGCCGCGGCGCUCCUCCGCCAGCGUCUGCCUCAGCUUCGCGUGCGUGUGGUGAAUGUUACUGACUUGAUGAUCCUCGAACCCUUCGGCACGCACCCGCACGCGCUGACGGAGCUCGACUUUGAGGCUCUGUUCACGAAGGACCGCCCAGUCCACUUCAACUAUCACGGAUACGUGAACGAACUGAAGGGUCUGCUCUUCGGCCGCUCCAAUAUGCAGCGUGUCACGAUGGAAGGAUACCGCGAAGAGGGGACGACGACCUCUCCAUUUGCCAUGAUGCUCCUGAACCAUACGUCGCGCUAUCAUGUAGCCGCCGCCGCGGUGCGAGGCGCAGCGGCGCUCAACCCGCGCGUGGAGGUGGACGCCCACACGGCGAUCAGCGGGUUCAUGCAUGAGGCGCAGAAGGCCCGGCAGUAUAUCAGAGAGCAAGGAGAAGAUCCGGACGGUACGUUCGACGUACCGAAGUUCGUGUAGAGAUCCGCAGGUGGGCGGUAUCGGACUGCACACCAAGAGAAGAUGUCCAAAUUGUUGUACAGUACGUGCCAUAAACUGGUGGUAAUAGGUUCGCAUUACGAUGUGCGGCAAUUGGGUUACUGGAACGGCCAAAGACAUUGUCCACGGACACAGCCUUGG